AUGAAAUGGAGCAAAGCUCAUAAAAUGAAGUAUAAUUAUUUACAUUCAAUCUCGCAUUCAACUGAUGCUAUUAACGAAAACAAAUUGAAAAAUAAAAAAAUAUUAGAUGAAAAUCAAAAAACAUUCACCACUUUAACAUCGAAUAAGCCCGCGAGACUUCCACGCUUAAAGCCGAAGGCGGUGAUGGGGAAGAAAAAAAUUUGUCAGUUUGAUGAGUGUUUUGGUUGUAGACCGAUUAAUUUUAAUGCCUUUGAGGGCUUGGAGAAAGCACUAAGAUUAUGUGAAGAAGCACUAAAGAUAAAGGAAUUAAUUUGGAUAAGUGUUUAUCUUGCAUGUGAUGUUUAA